CUCAAGGCCCGCUCAGGUUGUGGACGUGGAGCAUUGGUGAGGGUGUGCUUUGCCCCGCUAUUGCACAAGACAACAACGACCCUGAAGACCACGACAUCGCAGCCAGCUCAGGACCUGUCUUGAAGGCACUGUAUGCAUAUAUCGCGUUGAAUACGGAGCUACAUCGGACAAGAUCAAACCGUUGCAAGAAGCAUUUGCCGCCAACAGGAAACGUCCCACUGCUGAGGCGAAUGACUGCACUUGCUGCUGACUAAGCUGCCCGAACUUGGCACCUUCCCUCACGUAGCAACAGCUCGUCAGGAGCCAGCCUCGCCGCCACGAUGCUGUCCGUGCUGGGCCCGCUCUCGUCACAGACGAAGCUGUUUGCUUCGCGUAACAAGCCGCGCGGUGACAGCUUCGUGUUCCGCCUCCACUAUCGCACGACCUUCGUCUUCGUCAUGGGCAGCUGCUUGAUGGUGACGGCCACCCAGUACCUCGGCGACAAGAUCUCCUGCUUAGGAGAUAAGGAUGCGCUCCCGGACACCGUAAUUGAGACGUUCUGCUUCAUCUCCAGCACGUUCACGCUACCGUCCACCUCGGACGGCCAGGCGGGCCUGGAAGUGGCCCACAAGGGCCUGGGGCCGUCCACGCCCGACACAGAGACCAAGUACCACAACUACUACAUGUGGGUGCCGUACGUGCUCUUCCUGCAGGCUAUCAGCUUCUACGUGCCCCACUGGAUCUGGAAAAUGGUUCAGACCGACAAGGUCAACAACGUGCUUCAGGGCCUCAACUACCUGAUCAUAAACCAAGAGGAGCGCAAGAAGAAGGAAGACAUCAUGGUUGACUACCUGUACUACCAGUGGGGCACGCACACGGCCUGGGCCAUGAAGUACGUGUUCUGCGAGCUGCUGAACCUGGUGAACAUCGUCCUUCAGCUAGUCAUCACAAACCAAUUCCUGGGAGGAGAGUUCACUACUUACGGAAGCCGAGUGGUGGACUUUGUAAACCAAGACCCACAGUCACGCACAGACCCCAUGUACGAGGUGUUCCCGCGCAUCACCAAGUGUACAUUCCACCGGUACGGCCCGUCCGGCAGCAUAGAGCGACACGACGCCAUGUGCGUGUUGAGCAUCAACAUCCUGAACGAGAAGAUCUACCUGACCAUGUGGUUCUGGUUUCUCUUCCUGCUGGCCAUUACCAUUCUGAUGGUCAUCUACCGGGCGAUCACGCUCUUCUUCCCGGCCGUCCGCUCCAAGGUCAUCCUCAGCAGGGCGUACCGCUACGGCUCGCACGAGACAACAGACUUCGUUUCCGAGAAGUGCAACUUCGGGGACUGGUAA